CUUCCUUAUCCUCUAUUAGCUGUUGGAAGGAUUAUUGGUCGAUAAACAGAAUGAAGUCAUUGGCAUUACUUUCUCCUGCUUUCUUCAGCCCAAAAACACACAACACCAACAAUUCCUAUCUGCUACUAAAAAAUCUUGACAAAAAACAUUGUGAAGCUUCAGCAACAAGAGCUGAACAUAGAGAAGUGAAUGAAUGUGUCUGUGUAGCUGAAAUUGAGAAGCCGAAUUCGCUGCGAAGAAGAAGAGAAGUGAUUGGCAUUGGAGCUUCUAUAGGGCUAUUAUUAGCUACUAUUCUUCUGCCAUCCCAAUUUGCUGAGGCUGAGGCUGAGGCUGAGGCUGAGGCUGAGGCUGAGGCUGAGGCUGAGGCUGAGGCUUCUUGUGAAUUUAUCCCUUCGCCAUCUGGUCUUGCUUACUGUGACAAACUUGUUGGGACUGGUCCUCAACCUUCCAAAGGCCGACUUAUUAAGGCCCAUUAUGUCGGUAAAUUGGAAAACGGAAAGGUCUUUGAUAGCAGCUACAACCGAGGAAAACCUUUAACAUUCCGUGUUGGUGUAGGGGAAGUUAUCAAAGGAUGGGAUGCAGGUAUCUUGGGGAGUGAAGGAGUCCCUCCCAUGCUUGCCGGUGGAAAAAGAACGUUGAUGAUUCCUCCAGAGUUGGGAUAUGGCAUGAGGGGAGCUGGGUGUAAAGGAGAGUGUCUCAAAUGAUUUAGGUACAUGUAUCAUCCCUCCAAAUUCGACACUUUUCUUUGAAGUGGAGUUCGUGGGCAAUGUUUGAAGAAUGUAACCUCCAUUAUCAAAUAAAUUUGAGGCUACAAGUUUGUACUAAUUCAUAAAUAUUUAUUUUUGAAUUAAUUCAUAUAUCACUAAUGGGAAAACUUGCACAAAAUUAAUUUUCUCAUUCAAAGAUAUUGUACAAAAAAGUUAGAUAAAUAAGUGUUGCUACAUACAAUGUUAUCAUUACACUCCUAUUUUAAUAUCACAAGCAAUUGUGGUC